AAGGCUUCGACUUCCGUUCCUCCCGGUCUUCACGGGAGCAUCUCUGUGGUUCCGCUCCCAACUGUCCUUGAGGCAGGAAGUGACGCAGCGACGAAGGCCUGGAAGGAUUUAAGGGAGUCUUCGCUCUUAGGUGUGAGGGCGGUGGGAGUCCAGGGAGCAAAAUGCCAUCAUCCAAACAACUGGCCGACUUUGGCUACAAGGCCUUCUCUGCCUCCAUGAUGUUGCUCACUGUGUAUGGUGGCUUCCUGUGUAGUGCCCGGGCCUACCGCUACUUUCAGCAUCGAGGUGUCCUACGUCAGGCAGCUGAAGAACAAAAGCCUGAAAGCAUUCUGCAGGACUGAAGAUAUCCUCCUGUGUACAGAGGCCUGAGGCAUGCUGCAGAACACUUGAAUUAAUUAUUUGCAAGGAAGGGUGGUUUUACCAGCCCUGUCCUGGAGCCUCCAUGGCUUCCGUCUUUGGUCAGAGCAAUGUAUUCACAUGCUCUGUGAUGGAUCACAGCAGAGGAGUGGCAGUGAAGGAUUGUUGAAAAGCAUUAAAUGUGGUUUGCUAUUUCAGA